AAAAAGUUGAUUAUUGAUUUUUAUUGAUUGUUUUGUGUUUGAGUUUUGCGAGUAGAAGAAGAACCGAAGAGGAAAUUUCAAUUUUGCCGCAGAUUUUGUCUAUAAUUUUUGUUUAAGCUACUUUAAGUUCGAGAUAAUAAUUAAUCAUCUCUGCAACGAACAACAUAGACUUGCCAUAAAUCUUAAUUAAAUUUAUUCUUCCUCAGUUGACGGAUUGCAAAACGCAAAACUAAAACGAUUACCAACAAAAGAUGACCAAUCUCCAGGAACAGCACGAGGUUGUUAAGAAGAGUCUAAUUCAGUUUGUGAGCGGACAUAUUCCCGAAGCUGAUUUCAGUGUUGUGGACGAAAUCGUCCUUUCGUACAUAAUAUCGAUUCUGGAAGAAGCAUCGCAGGAUCCGUGCUUCGAUGUGGAAGGCUUUACCGAGAUGAUGAGUGCUUAUUUCUCAGAGUUUUCGCUUAUAGAUUCUGGAGUGAUUUGCAAUUGGAUAUUCAAGCUGGAGAGUGAACUCUCCGAGAUGGAGAAGAGCCGUGAUACUGAAACUUCUGCUAAUAUCUCGCUACACUCAUUGAGCCUUUCUGAUAUUAUCCCCGAAUCAAAGCUCCGAGCUCGCCCGUCAUCUAUUUCCGAGAAGGACGAAUGCUCGGGCCUGGGUUCUGGAACAGGCAAACGAGCCCAACACCUUUCGGAGACCAGCGAUUGCGGAUCCACAGACAGCUCUGGUUGUGAUUACUUUCUGGAUGAGUGUGAAGUCCUUCAAGAGAUGUUCCCAGAGACAUCGUACGUUGAGGUUAAACAUUGCAUUGCUAUUGCCAAGGGUGACAUCGAUAGUGCAACACAAAUUCUAUUGCAUCGUCAGGAGACAGGACAGUCUUUGACAGACAAGUCCAAUAAUUUGCAAGGAAGGAAGAAUAAUGUUGUAAAUGAUACCGAAUUGAAGAAUCGUAUCAUUGCAAGGUAUUCCUAUGUUGACAAAAAUGCUGCCACUCGUGAAUACAAGCCAUUUGUACCAAAAGUUGAACCAAAAAAACUUGUCCGAUAUCGUGAUAAUAAAAUCGUAUCCCUUAAAGGUGAACGUUAUACAGAAAUCAAACGUGACGAAGAUGCUGAAUUGAAAAAACCCAAAAAGCAGAUUAAUCCGUAACUAAAGUUGAUCAAGAUCUACUUCAAAUACUUCAUCAAAAAGAACCUUCAAAUUAUAAUAUUACUAAAAUUAUUAUCCCAAAAUCUAAUCAUCAUCAGCGGUAAUUUAUUCAAUCUAUCAAUGUGCAUAAUAGUUGUAGUAGUAGUUAUUUUAGUCAUACGAGUAAUAGAAAUAGCCCAAAAAUCAUUACCAUUACAAUUACCAUUACCAUCACCAUUAUCGCCAUCGCCAUCGACAUCACCAACAGCAAUAGCUUUUCAAAAUAUUACUAAUUUAAUGCUGUUGUUGCCAUCGUCUCAGCAAUUAAAUUUAAAAUUUAAAAGUAUCACCAGCCUCGAAUAUAAUUUAGGUAACAAAUUAUUAUUAUUAAUAUUAUUAUUGAUAUCAUUGCAUAAAUUUGAUAAAUUAUUUUUAUUAUUAUUAGUUGGAAAAUUCAUUUAUUCAAGUUAUUUACCAGCGCCAUGUUUAUGAAAUAACAAUAUUAAUAGUUUACUUUAUAUAAUUUAUUAUUAUAUUGCGAAUUUUAUUGUUUGCUAAUUAUGGCUGUGUUCAUUUGGUGUGCAGUUUAAGCAUUUGCUAUACUGUCCUUCCAAAUGAACACACAAUAUUUUACACACAGACAUUACUUAUAUAUUUCACAUAUGUAUAAUGUAAUAGCUCAAAUCCUAUGGACUUUUUAACAACAAAAACAUUUAUAUUUCAUUUUUUAUAAAAAAAAAAACUAAACAAAAAUCAAAAAUAACUCAAACUCGAAAACCCUAAGUUAUUCAUAAAAUAACCAAGGCAAUUCGCAUUUACAUGUAUGCGAGCGGAGUUCGCCCACCCACCAAGCCGCUGGUAUCAUUAAAAUAUAAGUUGGGUUUCUUUCUCUUUAAGUUUUAAAUAGUUUCUUUUUUUUUUUAAGGCGCAAAGGUAUCUAUGUUUUAAUAUGGUAACCACAAUCUUUAUAAAAUUUAAAUAGAUAAAGCAUACGCAUUCAUAAAACUAACUAACAAUUAGUUAGAAUCAGAAUUUCGUUUCAUCUUAAAGUGAAACAUAACCAAAUUGAGGUAUCUCUAGGUAAACAAUUCGAAUUUCAGCCUUUACUGAUUUUGUCUUUAAAUUAAACUAUCGCUUUAUAUAAAUUUUCUCGCAAACUAAAGGAUAUUAUUUUUCUUAAUAUAAACGAUUAUUACUUUGUGUCUGUGUUUAAAGGUUUUUUUAUUUAUGGUGUUUCUUUCUUAAAAAAAAAAACAUAAAAUAAUAUCUAACAUAGAAAAUUAAACUUUGACCUAUUUUCCAUUUUUCUUAUUUUACAAUAUUAAAGGUAAAUCUUUUUAUUUUUAAGUUAAAACUAGUUAAAUGAAUUUAUAUACAAACAAUUCUUAAUUUAAGUCCUAUUUCGUUUUUAAUUUUAAAUCAAAAUCUUUUUUUAAUUACCAUUAGACAUUUAUUUUAUUUAAGCAUCACAUUGUUUCCUUUGUCGUGUCCCAGUAUUAUAAGACAUGUUGUGCUUUUUUGUUUUUGUUAAAAUUAAAUCAAAAAUAGAUAUUGUAUUUCAAUAUAACAAAAUAUAAAUUUGAUACACAAAAACAGCAACUACAACAACAUACAUAUAUACUUACCUAUAUAAUACUUAUUAUUAUUGAAACAACAAAAAAAAAAAAAACAAAAUGUAUUUUAUUUUUGUGGCGAUUUAUUUAUCUAAAUAUCUAUCUCUGUCAAUUUAUUUAUUGAUGGUUGAUUUAUAAUAUUUACACUUGUAUCUUACAAUUUUUUUUAGUUGAUAUUUGUUUGUGAUACUAGAAUAAAAUCUCAAAUGAAAUAAUACACAUUAUUAUGUAUAA